AUGGCUGCCCAUGCCACAUUCAGCGGGGGCAACGGCAAUGGCGCUGGUGCGGCGGUGAAGGGCGGCAGCGUGAGCCUGGUGCUCCUGGCCGGCGGCGUCGGCAAGCGCAUGGGGGCCGCCAUCCCCAAGCAGUACCUGGAGCUGCAGGGGCAGCCCGUCGCCACCUACAGCCUGCAGAUGUUUGCCGGCAUGCCGCAGGUCAUCCGACCGCCGGUGCUGCGCGAGGGCUUUGCGCUGGUGGCGGCGCAGGGGCUGGAGGUGACUGACGACGUGUCCAUUGUGGAGGCGCUGGGCAGGCCCGUGCGCAUCACCCCCGGCAGCUACACCAACAUCAAGGUCACCACCCCCGACGACAUGUCGGUGGCUGGGCGCUUCCUGGAGGAGGCGGCGGCUGCGGCACGCGGCGCCCAGGCCGCCGCUGCCGACCCGCUGGAGGCGGCGCGGGUGGAGUACUGCGAAAAGGUGGACCCCUCUGCUCGGGAGUGCAAGGUGUUUGACGAGUGA